AUGAAAGAAAGGAUCAGUGGUGUUGUGGGGAAAGAAAUGAAAAGGAGUAGGAAUCUUUUCUCCAUAUUUUCUUCUUCACUCCUUUUUCUUCUCAAUCUUCCUUCCUUUUCUCCAUAUUUUCUUCUUCACUCCUUUUUCUUCUCAAUCUUCCUUCCUUUUCUCCAUAUUUUCUUCUUCACUCCUUUUUCUUCUCAAUCUUCCUUCCUUUUCUCCAUAUUUUCUUCUUCACUCCUUUUUCUUCUCAAUCUUCCUUCCUUUUCUCCAUAUUUUCUUCUUCACUCCUUUUUCUUCUCAAUCUUCCUUCUUCAUUUCUUCCUUUUCUCCAUACUUCCUGAUUCAUUCCUUCCUGUAUCAAAGCCUGCAGUAUUACGAAAUGUUCCCAGUUCCGAGAAUACUGAUGUUCAAAUAGUUCGAAUGCCAAUUGCAUUUCCAAACCCUCUGUCGAACAGACACACAGAAGAAUCAGAAUAUGACUCAGCAACCUCAGCUGCCCUUAGUCGAUAUAAAUAUUAUAAACACUUGGAGAAGUAUUCUGCAUCUAAUAAUGGUAAACCUGCUGCUGAACCGGUCCUUGUAAUGCCUGACCAUAUGUUGCCAUCUCGGUUUCUGACAAUACUCACUUUCCCUAAGAAGAUAACAGGAAAACAGAAAAGUAUUAUUACCAUAUUUGCCUUGUGGAACACGAUGAUGGGGACAGCACUUCUAAGUAUGCCUUGGGCAAUUAGAAAGGCUGGCUUUGCUAAUGGAGUCACAUUGUUGAUUCUCAUUGCUUUUCUCAUGUUUUAUUCUGCAUAUCGGAUUAUGAGUUGCACACUAGAAAUGGCACACUUGGGAUUGAAGGAUUUCUCUGAUGUUUGUCGCCAUUACCUGGGACAAGCUGGUUACAUUAUGUGCAGCAUUUGUUCUCUGAUUUCCCUCAUUGGUGGCAUGAUUGUCUACUGGAUUCUUUUAUCGAACUUCAUGUACAAUACGGUUAAGUACUUUUUCUUGCAAAGUAAUGACCAGUUUAAAAACUCAACCCAUAAUUCUUCAGUUGAAGUGCUUUGUCCCGACCGUGAUGGCAAGAAUCUGACCCUGGAUGAUAAUCUACCUCUCAACGAUAUAUGGGCUGUGAUUGCACGAUUAUUCAUCUUUCUUCAGCUUGGAGCUAUUUUUCCUCUUCUCAUCUACGUAUUCAGGAUACAACUUCUUCAUGUCACAUUUAAAGUCAUCUGGCCAGGAUUGCAUAUUGUUAUCCUGCUAAAUUUAUUCAUCUGUGGCCUCUGCAUUGUUUUCGCUUGCUUCUUACCUUACAUUGGAAAAGUGAUAGGGUAUGUUGGUGCUUUCUGCGGUUUUUCUUAUGCCUUGGCCCUUCCACUGAGUGUCUACCUCCUGUCAAGUUAUGAGAAAGGGACCUUGACAGGACCUAUCUUCACCAUCCAUGUGUUACUCAUGAUGCUAGGACUGGCCAAUUUUAUUGCUCAGUUCUUUGUUUAA